UCACCCAAUUUUUCAUAUAACCCUAACUACUCAAUUUCGUCUAUGCUCUCACUGUUCAUUAUCCCAAUAAAUCCAUUGCCUUUUCCUUUCGAACCUCCCCUUUUUAUCUAUUUUCUUCUCUUCUCGGUCGCUUUGAUUAAAGUAAGAAGCAAAAGUAAAAUGAGAGGGAAAGGAGCAAAGAACAACCUGCUGAAAAGCUGCAACAUGAAUGGGAAAUUUGAGAAUGUUGUUUUCAUUGAUGUUGAUGGUGAUAGAUUUGAGAAUGUUAUCAUCAUUGAUGCUCCUGAAUCUGUGGAGGAUGAUUUACAAGGUUCCAGUGGAUCGAAGGGUGAUAAGCAUUUCCCUGCUCCAGAUGUAAUUAGCAUUGAUGAUGAUGAAUCUGAUAAAAUGGAUGAACCUGAAAUUUGUGUUGAAUGUGGUGAUGACUUCUAUAGUGAUGCCUCCUCAAGAAAAAGUUGUCCUGUACCUGACUUUAAGCAGAAACCUACAGGAUUAGAUGAUGAUGACUGCUGGUUCAUCAGGGAAAAGAAACCUGCAUUUAAACUAUCAAAGUGCAAGAAAACCUAUGCAGGGAAGACUUCUUGUGGAAAACGUUUUGGUUUAAGUCCUGAGUCCGAGGAUAGCUCAUCUGAAAGUGAUUAUUCUGAUUGUGAAGUUAUUGAAGGUUCUGUUGGGAAAUUUCAAGAACAGUGGGAGAAAACUUCCCAAAGAAGGAGAUAUAAUUUUAGAAAUGGUCAAUCUGGUUUAGAAGAUCAGACUAGUGGCUCAGGAUCACAUAAUGAUACUCCUCCCGGAGUUGGAGAAAAUAUGAGUCAACAAUACUCUGAAACCCCUGCGACCUCUGGUUCAAGUGAUUCAAAUAUUCAGAAACAAAACUCUUCUGCCUUUGAGACUAAUAAUGAUGAUUUUCUGGAUGAUAUUUGUCUCAAUCGUGGGAUAGAAAGGCCUUUCGUAGAAUCUGAGAAGAAAGAUGAGCGUGAAAGCUUUUCACAACCAAAUUAUGGGCUUACUCCUGAAGCAAAGUUUUCUCAUGUUCAAUCUGAUAUACAUGGAAGAGAAAGAUUUAUGAAAGGUCCUCUUUCAUGGGAUAGCAAUCAAGAGUUUUCUCGGUCACCCUCAAAUGGUGACCCCCCAAGUGACUUGCAACAUGGAAAUACAGUUGCAAAUGGAAAAGAGAAGCAACAAUCCAAAGAACCAUUGAUGUCAAUUCCUAAAUCAUUGGAAGAACAAGAAGUUGAUAAUGGCUUGAAUUCUGUUGUUAUUAAAGUUGGAACACUUUUUGAUGAAUCCACUUCUGCUAAGAUUCCAUUAGAUGGAAUUCGAGUAGUCAGCAGUAAGAAUUAUUGUGACGGGGACAAUUCUCAGGUUAAUGGAACUCAAACUAGGCAGUCUUCUCUCAUGGCAGAGCAAUCAAACAUUAAUUCUAUUCCCAACAGUAAAAAAUCUGAUGAAAGUGAUGCAUUACAUGUUCAAGUAGUUGAUACAAUAAUUUCUUGUGAAAAAGAUACAGUUAUUGACCGAGAAAAGCUCAAGGAGACAGAUGAAUACAAGCGAGCUGCGGAAGAAGAAUGGGCAUCUCGGCAGCGACAGCUACAAAUUCAGGCUGAAGAGGCUCAAAGAUUGAGGAAAAGGAAAAAAGCUGAAAGUAUGCGUUUACUGGAUAUGGAGAGACGGCAAAAGCAACGUCUGGAGGAAAUGAGGGAGACACAAAAGAAGGAUGAGGAAAAUCUGAACCUAAAGGAACAACUUAGAAUAGAAGUACGAAAGGAGCUUAGUAUAUUGGAAAUAUCAUGCAUCGAUAUGGUAUCAUUGCUUCGUAACUUGGGAAUCCCUGUAGGUGGCAGUUUUUAUCCCUUGUCCAAUGAGAUUCAUGCUGCUUAUAAACGAGCCUUGCUAAGAUUUCAUCCUGACCGAGCAUCUAAAACCGAUAUUCGCCAGCAGGUUGAGGCGGAGGAAAAGUUUAAGCUUGUUUCUCGCAUGAAGGAGAAAUUUUUAGUGACUUCAUGUCUCUGAGUGCUAACACAGGUUCAAAAUUUGAUAUUGCGAUGCAAUUUUUAUUGUUUCAUGUGCCAGCUAGGAUUUAACAUUUUUGGUGUUAUUGCAUGUAUUAGGAAUUUUUUGCCAGUUCAUAUCAGGUGGACUGGUCAAAAUUGUAAAGCGAUGUAAAUACUUGCAAAGAUAUCAUUGCUAUACGCCAGGAACAUCAGGUUAUAUUUUAUACCGCAGUUUGAGAAAGGAACUAACGCUUUUUAAUUGUUUCCUAA